GAGAGUAGCUUCGCUUUCAGUUUGUAUUCGAUCGUCACCGAGGAACGUACGGGUAUCUCCACAAUUGUCAAGCGCUGAAAUCGGUCUUAAGUUAAAAAAAUAAGUAAAAUCAAAUAAAAUAAGAAAAUUUUAUUGUUUUAUUGAAUUCAGUAUUCAAUUCUGUUCACAAACACAUAAUUCUCUUGAAAAAAGUUAAUUAAAAAUUCGACAGUCGUCAUGAGUCAUAAGUAUUUCUGUUUGGUCUUAGUAUGCAUAGCAGCUGCAGCCAGUGCUGUCAAGGUACCAGUUACCAUCUAUUAUGAAUCUCUGUGUCCAGAUAGUGCUAAAUUUAUCAAUGAGCAAGUUUAUCCAGCUAUGAAAACUGAACUAAAAGACCACUUGGAUAUCACAUUGGUGCCCUUCGGAAAAUCACAGUAUUCCACACAGGGACCUGAUGUACUAUUCACAUGCCAUCAUGGUCCAAACGAAUGUUACGGCAACAAGGUGCAUGCCUGCGCCAUUGAACUCAUUCAGGCAAAUUCUUAUCAAACUGAAUUCACACGUGAAUCGCUGACUUUGGACUUCGUAAAUUGCAUGAUGAAGGUAGGCAAAAAUUUCCCUGAUAAUGUUUAUCCUGGCGCACGUUGUGCACGAGAAAAUCAUAUAAGCACUUGGGAAAAUAUACAACAAUGUGCCAACAGUACCGAUGGUAGCGCGCUAUUAAAGAAACAAGGAGAUGCUACAAAUAAUUUCCAAAAUCCUUUAGUGAGCGUUCCCACCGUUGUCUUCAAACAGCAAUAUGAUGCUAAAGUAAGCGAACGUGCACAGUCCGCAUUUCUCCAAACUGGCUGUAAAUAUGUGCCUCAACCACAACCAAAAAUCUGUGCUGCUCCUAAUGCCGCCAACAGCAUUUCCUAUAUGUCGAUCUUAAGCAUUGGCUUAUUCUUGCUUUUAAGCAGAUUUCUUUAGAUCAAUUAUUUGAUUAUCUCACCUCAGCUUAUAAACAUUUAUUAAGCUCAUCAUCCGGCUUGUUUUAGUUUGGAUUUUGCAAUCUAUCCGUCCAUGCUUCUUAGCGCUUCUAUUUCAAGAGUUGUGUUAUAUAUAGUUAUAUACUAACAUGUAUCAAUUAAUUAAUUAAUACAUAAUAAUAAUAAAAAAACAUUUAAUACAA